AUGGUUGAGUGGUUAGCAGUUGUCUACGAUAAGCCAAACACCGACAGAAGCAACGUCAGGGCCCAGCACUUGGCUGACAUUCCAGCCGGUGUUAAGAACGGGGUCAUCACCAGUGCCGGUGCCAUCUUCAACGAGGUUCCUAAGGAGGGCUCCAAGCCAAACUUUGCCGGCUCUGUCUUGACUGUGAUUGCUGAUAGCAAAGAGGAGGCCCUGGAGUUCUUGAAAGGCGACAUCUACGCCAGAGAAGGGAUCUGGGAUCUGGAGAACGUUUUGCUCUAUCCAGCUGGCUUGGCCUACCGUAAGGCUAAGGACCUGUAA